AGCAAAAGUAUGGCGGAAACGCAGCUGGUUGCUGUGCUUCUGUUGGUAGGCUUUGCAGAAAUCUUAACAAGCGACAAUCUGGACAUUUACCAGCUUUUAGUUGACGCUCCAGAUAUAAGAAAGUUUGUGGUUACGAAGGUGCCUUUGUGGACGUAUAAUGUGACCGGAAGAAGCCAUGCGCAGUGCAAAGUAGACGUUAUGAUAAACGAGACAGACACAUCCAUUUUCUUCACAAGACUGUUUUACUACGGCGCCCAGAAGAAAAAGUUUUCUAUGGUCCUCGAGGGACAGUUCAAUGCAAUUUACCCAGAACAUAUGCUUAUCCAGCGCAAUGGGUCAAAAAUUUACCAGUUGGAACAGAUUCUCUACAUGUCUCCAAACUCCUCCUGCGCAGUUAUCAUGAUCACACUGAUCAAUUUUCGUGGUCCUAAAUCGCCGCCCAUCCGCUGGUACGAACUGCGAGUUAGAAAUUCCUCCAUCAUCCAGGGCCCGGACCAAGGUUGCGAGGAAGAGUUUGAUGACCUGCUCACUCGUCAAGCACGUGUUUAUCAGCCCUACUGUCAGGCGAUUCUACCUUACUACCCAGUUAGAGAUACAAAAUCAGCGUAGCGAAACAUUUACCGAAACUGAAUGCGCAAUAUUUGAGAAUGACCUUUAAUAAAAAAAGCAAAUGCAACACUGA